CCUGUACUGUGGAAAAAUCGGGUCAUUUACUUAAUCGGCUUUGGCUACAAGGAACAAUGUAUCAAAACUUUGUACAGCGAUGCACGCUUAAGUCCUUGAAUGAAUACAUUUCUAUGCAACUUUUUUUUUGUUCUUAAUUUUUGUAUGAGUUUCAUCUCGGAGCAUAGAUAUCGAAGAUUGACCUUGAAGUUGCUAAUAUUGUAAAUUCUUAUGUAUAACGCUUAUCGUGAUAGUAGAGUGACGGUUAUGGUCGUCCAACCCCUGUCCGCGUUAUCAACUAAAAUGAUAGUCCUCCACUCCAAUGCUCCGAAAAUUAUAGGUGGUCGCAUCAGAGACUCACGACAUCAUGACGUUAAGUAAGGAAUUCGUUAUAUAGAGAAAGAGCUAGACAAAACUGUUUUAAUCUCGUCGGAAGAUCAAGGUGAAAUGCCUUCACUUUGAGCUCCUCCCAAUCUAUUUCUACGGUGGUCAACAUCAUAUGGAUUUCAUUUUGGGUAGAACGAAUGUGAAAAUUUCCAGCGGGUAAGUGUGAGAACGUGAACGGCUUCAUCGACUUGACGACAAAGAACUACAACAAGAUCUCAGGACUUCUAUCUGAAGUGAUUCAUCCACGAGAUGCUGGCAGGCUUCGGCUUUUUAGAUCUCCGACGUACAAGAAGAUAAGGAAGAAGAUUUUUUUAUUUUAUGGCUUAUAUACUAGCCUCCACAAGCUUCGCCCGGCUUC